CACUUAAUCCCCUGAACUCCACGACCAUCAACCCGUCGCCUACUCUCUCUCUCCCCUCUCUCCCUCCCUCUCCCUCUAGAGCUUUUGAAGGAAACUGAGAUCGAUAUAUGACCGGCAGAUGGCGGUGUUCACCCGGGCGAAGAGGGUGACCGACCCGCUGGACGACAAGGUGAAGGCCCGGCUCCGCGGCGACGACGCCCACGGGAUGACCGGCUACGCCGGUAGCAGCAGCGGCAGCGAGCACGACGCCGCCCCCUGCCUCUCCGACCUCGUCCACGCCUUCCUAUUCGAGAACGCCGCCGGCUCCCCCUCCGCCGCUGGAGACGCCUCCGACCGUGACGCCACCUCCGACGAGGAUGACGCCGGCGAUCGCGCAGCCGCCGCCGCGGAGACUGUCCGGGAUUUGCUCAACCCGCCGGCGGAGAGGGACCCUUUCCGGGCUCGGCUGGCCUUUGAUGUCUUCUCGGCGGCGGAGGCCUUCUCUGGGGUGAGAAAGAACGGAUCGGCCUUUAGGCGGGCGGUGAUGGCGAAGCUGAGGGUGGCGGGGUACAAUGCCGGGAUCUGCAAGACGAGGUGGGAGGCCUCCGGCAAGGUCACCGCCGGGACAUACGAGUACAUCGACGUGGUGGCGGCGUCGGCGGAGAGGACCGGGGACGGGGAGUCGAGGUACAUCGUGGACGUGGAGUUCGCGGCGGAGUUCGAGGUGGCGCGGGCGACGGAGGAGUACGCGCGGGUGCUGGCAGAGCUGCCGCGGGUGGCGGUGGCGAGGGCUGAGGCAGUGCGGCAGGUGGUGCGGGUAGUGGCGGGCGCGGCACGGCGGUCAUUCCGGAGCCGUGGGCUGCACGUGCCGCCGUGGCGGAAGAGCCGGUACAUGCUCGCCAAGUGGCUCGGGCCGUACCGCCGGACGGUGAACCCAGUGCCGGCCUCCUCUGGUGCCACCGUGGGAGGCGGCGGGGCGGAGGUGAAGUGCCGGGCCGUGGGGUUCCCGGCGUUGGCGGCGGCGUCGGGGAGGCUCGUGCCUCCGGCCCCCCGGACGAGGGAGGGCUGGGAAUGGCCGCGGCGGAGGGCAGCGAUCCGUGGAGCGGCGCAUAAUAGCGUGAUGACGUGUCAGUUGCUGACGUGGAGGUAUGAGAUGACGUGGCAGCCACUUGAAUGGUCGACAAGGUCACAAUUAACAAUUACGUAGUUUUUCUUUGUUUUUGUUUAAUCCUUGCAGAGUUAUGUACAGGAUGGGAAGAGGAAGGCAAGUAAAGGUUUUCUUUCUUUUUUUUUUUUGGCAUAUGCACCCUUAUGGUAUUUAGAUAUAAAUCAUUGGAAAAUAAUGGCUCCUACACUUUUAUCUUAAAUCUCUUUUAGAAGCCAAUAACAUUAUCACUAAUCGGUUCAUUUAAAUAACGAAAUGAAACAAAAACUCUAGUACAGUAACCUUUAGUUGAGCCAAUAACAUUAUCGCUGAUCAGUUCAUUUAAAUAAUGAAACCAAACAAAAACUUUAGUA